AUGCUAAAAGUUGAGUUUGGAAUAACCUUCAAUGUCUACACUGCAGUUUAUGCGUUUGCAUGGGCCUUAGACAGUCUACUUCACUGCCAGCCAGGAAAAGGCCCAUUUCAUAAUGAAUGCGCAGAUAUUUUGUCCUUUGACCCUUGGCAACUUCUCCAUUAUAUUAAAAGAACAAGGUUUCAGACUAAAGACAAGACAAACAUAUUUUUUGAUGACAACGGGGAUCCUCCAGCCCUUUAUGAUAUUGUGAACUGGCAGAUGAGUUCUACUGGGUCCUUGGAGCAAGUUAUAGUAGGAAGAUAUGACUCCAGCUCCACAGAUAGGAACAUCAUGAGUCUAAACCAUGCUGACAUUGUAUGGGUUAAUAACAAAACAAUGGUUCCACCAUCAAAGUGCAGUUCUAGCUGUUCUCCAGGAUUUAUGAUGGCGACUAUUCCUGGAAAGCCCCUCUGCUGUUUCCAGUGUGUACCAUGCCCUCAGGGACAAAUUUCCAAUGAAACAGAUGCUGUCAAUUGCCUCGCUUGCCCCUGGAAUAUGUGGCCCAAUCUCCAACAAGUCGCAUGUUUGCCAAGGCCCAUUGAGUUCCUCUCCUACAGUGAAGCGCUUGGCAUUAUCUUGGUUACCAUUGCCAUAUUCUCCUCUGUUGUCCCACUUGGAAUUUUGGGAUUGUUCAUCUAUUAUAGGACCACACCAAUAGUGCGAGCCAACAACUGGUCUUUAAGCUGUCUUCUACUCAUAUCUUUGUGUCUCUGCUUCCUUUGCUCAUUGGCGUUUCUUGGAUACCCGCAACUAGAUAAGUGCCUUCUCCGCCAGGUUACAUUUGGUUUGGCCUUUUCAUUGUGUAUCUCUUGUGUUCUUGCCAAAACUAUUACAGUCGUCAUUGCCUUCAAAGCCACCAAGACAGGAAGUCAGUUAAGAAAGUUUACUGGUGUACCAGUAUCCUACUCACUCAUUGUCUUUUGUCUUCUAAUCCAAGUAUUCAUCUGUGUGACUUGGCUUUCUUCUUCACCUCCUUUUCCAGAGUUUGACUCUAACACUCAGUCAGGGGUGAUUAUUUUGAGCUGCAAUGAAGGUUCUCCUACAGCAUUCUGGUCCAUGUUGGGAUACCUUGGUCUCCUAGCCACCAUCAGUUUUAUUGUUGCAUUCUUGGCUAGAAGAUUACCCGACAGCUUCAAUGAGGCAAAGUAUAUUACAUUUAGCAUGUUGGCUUUCCUCAGUGUUUGGAUUUCCUACAUCCCAGCCUCUCUCAGCUCGAAAGGGAAGUAUACUGUGGCCACAGAGAUCUUUGCCAUCUUAUCUUCUACCUGGGCUCUUGUGGUUUGUAUUUUCCUGCCAAAAUGUUUCAUCAUAUUGUUUCGACCAGAUAUGAACUCUAAAGGACUAUUGAUGAGGAAAAACUGAGUCUGAAAACCAAAUGUAGACAUGUAUCUUGUGCAGGACUACACUUAUGUAAUCAUAGAAUUGUGUAUGUUGUAAGAGUUUUAGGAAAGUAUUUUGUAGAUUCAUAACUUUCUCUGUUCUGAAGGAAUUGCUGUUUGUUUCAUCAUAUUCUCUCUCAGCUUUCUGAAUGGGAAGGUCUUCCUUCAUUACAACAACCUGAGCAAUAUCUGUGUUGUAAUGGAAAAACCUGCAGUGUCUGCAUCCCUCUAGAAGUGGAAGAGUUUUGUAGAGUGGCUCACCAAAUAAAAAUCUUAUUGCAGGGGAUGCCUGAAAAUAUUUUUUUUUUUUGCAUAUUUUAGAAAAUGAAAA